AUGCAAGCCAUCCCGGUGGGCCCCAAGCUCUUUGUGACAACCCACUACACAGGCUUGGGAACAGUGGAGCAUUGCAUCGAGAGGUUGGCGAAGACUUUUCAUUGCCCUUCACCUUGCUUCCACUCAGCGCACGAGAUUGACUCAGCAGCCCGAGAAUUGCUCCUUCAUUCCAAGCAUUGCCCCAACCACAUCUUUGGUGACCUUUGCGCGCAGUUUGAUGCAAGUGUGGUUGAGCGAAUGGAGUGGGUAUGUUGGGUCAUGGCAAAGAGGGCAGGAGAGCUUAAAGACCAGGGUGUUUCCGGCAAGGCCUUGAAGGUAGCGCUUGAGCAAGCCAACCGACGCUGCAUGGAGAAGUUGAUUCAUGUGGCAGCAGAGGCUUGUAAGAGCAACAAGGUCCACGCGCACGGAUACUGUUACAAACACUGUACCAUGUGCCCAUUCUUUCCCGAAAUUCAAGAAGGCGACAAAGUGCUUGAAGCAGGUGGCAACACCUGUGUGGCCUUUAGCCCGCAGGGGUGCCAUGGGCGAUGGCUCCACCGUUCAGGAGUUGUCGCUGCAAUGUGGCUUGCCCGCACAAGGCACCGGGCUGUGGACUUUGUGUUGCAGGAAUGCUCCUCCUUCUUCAACACAGAGGAGGCCUUCAGAUGCGCAUUCCCACCACCGGAGUUCAGGACGCAUGUGGUCAAGCUCAAAUGUGAAGAUGUGGGAGUGCCAAUGAUUCGGUGGCGCAACUACUCGUGGACCAUCAACACCGAGACUGUGGAGUUGGAGAAGCCAAUCAACAGAGAGAACUUCUUGCAAUGCUGCUCCUCCUCACCAUGUCUUGAUGGCCAUUCUUUCUUCAUCGCGCCUCAGUGGAUGAUCCAAGACCACUUGCGUGCAAAGCUGCUGAAAGUGAAAGGUGUUCUAUGUGAUCCUGGUGCCGUUCUCCCCAUGGACAUUGCCCUUGAUGUAGGGUCCAAGCUCCGCCUCGAGGACUACCAGAGGUUGCUGGGCAGCCCGGACAUACUGACAAGGAAGAUGGUUGGCGUGGUUGACCUGUCCCAAAAUGUGUGUGUGAGGCAGCGGCUGAGUACCAACCUUCCUUCCUUCUUAUGUCAGUCAUGCAUUUGGUCCCAAUGGCACGGCAGGAUGAUGCUUCCUCUUGAGAUGAUGGUGGCAAUGGGUUGGCCAAUUUCAGGGCUGGCGGAGAAUCCCAUCGAUUCGCCUUGGACCCUCGAGUACUUGUCAAAGUUCCGCAGCUCAGAGAUUGCAGAAGCUCUUGGAGAAGACAGUGCGCUGUCCUCAGAUGUUUCCACAGUUCAGUUUGGAAUGGACUUACGAUUCUCCUUGAGGCUGAUUGUUUCCAAGCUUGUUCCUGAUUCAAUCGAUGAGGAGAUAAGGGCCGCAUGUGCCGAGCCCGAUUCGAAACCAACGGGUACCAAAAGAGGCAGACCCAAAAAGCGCUGUGCUGAUGAGGCGGAGGGUACUGACAAGCAGGCGCUUCAAGCCAAGCCUCAACCAAAAAAGCGGGCCAAGCACGGUGUUCAGUCUUGCAAAGGUUGCAAGAAAAAGAUCAGUGCUGAGCAGCAAGCGACCAAUUUCCCAGGCUGCGUCCCUUGCAAAAGGGCACUAGACAACAUCACGAAGCUAGCUUCAAGACAGGGUGAGCAAGCAGUGAAGUUUGUCAGGGAGCAGCGUGAAGACCCUGACAAAUGCUUUGCAAUGGUGCAGUCCUACUUUGAGGUUUGCCCCGAGUGUGAGCCAGGCGCGGCCAAAAACAAGAAGAGAGGUUCUUGGAGCAUUGUCAAGUACCAAGAGCGCAUUGUGGCUGCAAGCGGCUUUGUCAAGGACAAGGUUGGGGAGAUGAUGGGGAAGAAAUUGUACCUCGAAUUUGCUCAAACCAUCAGAGGGGGAAGGAAGACAGAUGACCAAGCUGCUGCUCAAUGGGCUGAGUGGGAGUCAAGGCUCGAAGCUGGUGACAAGGACCUUUUCUUUGAUCAUAUGGGAGAGAAUGGUUCUUUGAGGUUUUGGAUUCAUACCGGGGACGAGGUCAGGUUCAGAACUAGCUAUUUGCAGGAGAAAGCUGUCACCAUGGACGGGGAAUCCAAGAAGAAUGGCAGCCAAGAAGAUGUUGACCGCCUUAAGAAAAAGGUGACUUCCAAGCAUGAUCCCAUCGCUGACCAGAUCCAGAUUUGCCAGGCCAUCGUGCGCAAUGGAGAGGCUGCCUUCCAAGGCCAAGAUGGGUUCCUUGUGGACGUGAUGGAGCUUGCUCAGAUUGCAGAAAAGGUCAAGGACCAGAAUCCAGAUGAAGAGAAUGGUGUGGAUGGGAAUGGGAAGUCUGAAAGUGAGACCUCGCCUGAGAAAGUGAAGCCCUGGGUGGAUCGGGACAGGGUGGUUUCAUCUACCAUGAGGUCAUGCGAUGCGCAAAUCAAAGUGUUCAAGCUGAAGUGUCAACAGGGUCUUUCUGAGUGCAAGGAGAAGUUAGAGGGGUACCAGCAGUCCAAGGACGCUGACUUCCAGAAAACCUUUGCUGGUGAGAUCAAGCUCCUGGAGAACCGAGUUGAAGAAAAGAAUGAUGAAGACGAAGUCAAAGCUUACAUAGCGCGCUUUGCUGGAGUGACCGCUUCGGAGGAAGUGCUUGAUGCCGCAGUGGGCGCAAACCCAGUGGAGCUAGGAAAGGAGGUGACAGCCGAGAUUGCAGCCAUUCGUUCCCCGUUGGCGCAGCUCCUAGCAGCGACUACCAGGGCGCAGAAAUCUGUGAAGAGUGCAGUUGAUCAGUUGGCCAAACGGGAGGCCAAGCAGCAAGCUGCUGCGUCAAAGGCCAAGAAGGCCGAUGAAGCAAACAAUGCUACCAAUCCUUUGUUUGACCAAGGCGCUGCUGCAGCCAAGGCCAUUCCGCGUGUGGCUCCUGGUCCUGGUGUGACAUUGGAGGUGUCCAAGCCCUUUUGUGUGAGUGCUGCCACUUGGGUGUCAGACUUUAUGGGUGAUGGGAAGUCUUCAAGAAAGGAGGUUGACGGCUUCAAAGAUGGCUUUGACGCGGCCCGUGCCAAGAGUAAAGGCACGCGGAUUUCCAAGGCCUUUGCUGAAGAUGAGAAUAUGAAGGAAGUGACUAGCUACAUUGCCAGCCUUUUCAAGGAUUCCAAUGUCAUGGUGCCAGCCGAAAAUUGGAGUGAUGCCUUGAAAUCGACUUUGGUUUUGGGGAUGUUUGGGAUUGAUGUAGGCUAUGACAAAGCCUCUUCAGAGUUCCUCGGAACUGCAACAUGCCGCAUCACCCUUGAAGGGACGCGGGUUGUCAUGAUGACCGAAAUGUUGCAGCUGCAUGGCUUUAUGCAGCGGAAGGGGGUCACCGCUGCAAAUGUGGGCAAGAUGUCUGCUUUCUUCAGGUCGAUGAGCGUUUCCGUGCUGCAAGAGUUCCAGAAGGAGUGCACCUUGUGGACAUGCACUGUGGGGCAAGGUGAUUGCCUCUUCGCUCCCUAUGUCUUCUUGGUUGCAGAGCGUGUGCAGCAAAACACAAUUGGCAUUCGCGUGCCUGUCCUUUGCAAGUCGAGCUCGCACGACAACAGCUUGGUCGCCCUCAAAAAGAAGGCAGAUGACCUAGCGCGUGAGUUGAAUGAGGGAGCAAGCCUCCCGGAAGCAGAGAAGAAGAAGGUGGCUCACGAGAAGGCCCUGGUUUCCGAUUUGACGCAAGCAAUCCAAGUCUCAGUCUAA